GACCUCAGAAGGCAGAACAAUAAGCCCAAUUCCUACCCGCAAGACUCUCAUAGCGUCCCAAAGAUACAAGUGUUCAUAUCUCAAGGAAAAGGCUCAAAACACUAGGCAUUAGAAUUGACUAACAUGGAGCCCGCAGAUCACGACACUCCCCAGGAUGGAGCCACAUCCUCAAGCAGUCAGAGGACCACUGAUGAAGACAGUCUUUUGCUGAUUAAAGCUGUUGAAGAGGGAAAUGUUGACAGGAUCCAGCAAUUGCUGGACAGAGGGGCUGACGUCAAUGUCUGUGAAGACAUUGGGGGCUGGACACCUUUGCACAAUGCAGUGAAGUUGGGCAGGGUAGACAUUGUAGAUCUACUGCUUCGUCAUGGGGCUGACCCUCAUAGGAGGAAGAAGAAUGGGGCCACUCCCUUCAUCAUCGCUGGGAUCCAUGGAGAUGUGAGACUGCUCCAGAGAUUCCUCUCUAAAGGAGCAGAUGUCAAUGAGUAUGACAACAAUGGCUUCACGGCUUUCAUGGAAGCUGCCGAGUAUGGUAGAGUGGAAGCCUUAAGAUUCCUUUUUGAUAAGGGAGCCAACGUGAAUUUGAGACGGGAGACAACAGAGGACAAAAGGCGAAUGAAGAAAGGAGGGGCCACAGCUCUCAUGAGUGCUGCUGAAAAUGGCCACACAGAAGCCUUGCGUGUUCUCCUCAGUGACAUGGGGGCAGAGGUCGAUGCCCGGGACAACAUGGGCAGAAAUGCCUUGAUCCGUACUCUGCAGGAAGAGGAGUGUGAAGACAUCGAGGAGAUUAUUCGCCUUCUGCUGCACCACAGGGCUGAUGCUAAUGCGAGAGGAGAAGGGGGAAAGACACCCCUGAUGGCAGCAGUGGAAAGGAAACACAAAGGCUUGGUGGAGAUGCUCCUGAGUCAGGAGGGCAUAAACAUUGACGACAGAGAUAAUGAGGGCAGGACGGCCCUACGAUUUGCUGUUGAACUCAAACAGAAGGGAAUCGUCCAGUUGUUAUGUGUUAAGGGAGCUACCAUCUGUGAGGAUCUUAUUCAUAUAGCCAGACGGAAUUAUGACACUUCCAUUAUGGAGAUUCUUCGUCAUUAUGAAGCUAAUGAUCAAAGUGUCCCUCCUGCUGGUGACUGGUUGCCUCACAGUUCCCGCUGGGGACAAGCCUUGAAAAGCCUCCACAGAGUGCAUAGACCCAUGAUUGGCAAACUCAAGAUCUUUCUAGAUAUUGAUUUUAAAAUUGCUAGCACUUCUGAAGGAGGCAUCUAUCUGGGGUUCUAUGACAAUCGAGAAGCAGCUGUGAAGGUCUUUCCUGAGGACAGCACACGUGCACGCAAUGAAAUCGCCUGUCUGCAGGGCUGCCAUGGCGACAGUCACUUCGUGACUUUCUAUGGAAGCGAGAUCAGCAAGGGCUGUUUAUAUGUGUGUAUGUCCCUGUGUGAGUGGACACUGGAAGAGUUCUUGGUUGAACACCGUGUGGAAACCGUAGAGAUCGGAGAAGAUGAGUUUUCCCGCACUGUUCUAAUGUCUGUUUUUGAGGCUGUUCAAAGACUACACUUGCAGGGAUUUGCCCAUCUGGAUCUACAGCCCCUAAACAUCUUAAUAGAUGACAAGAAAGCUAUUCGCCUGGCAGAUUUUGAUCAGAGCGUCCAGUGCAUGGGAGAUCCACGGGCGGUCAAGAAAGACUUGGAGGCCCUCGGACGGCUGGUCCUUUAUGUAGUAAUGAAAGGUGAGAUCCCCUUUGAGACACUGAUGACUCAAAAUAAUGAAAAGACGGCAGAAAUGUCUCCAGACGAGGAGACUAAGGACCUCAUUUGUUGCCUGUUUUCCCCUGGAGAAAAUGUCAUGAACUGUCUGAAGAACCUGCUUGGCCAUCCUUUCUUUUGGUCCUGGGAGAACCGCUACAGAGCACUUCGGGAUGUGGGGAAUGAAUCUGACAUCAAAACACGAAAUAAUGAAAGUGAGAUUCUCAAAAGACUGAACUCUAGGACACCUGAGCCUUCCAGAAGUUUCUACCAGUGGACAUCUAAGAUCGACAAAUACGUUAUGAAAAAAAUGAAUGAUUUCUAUAAAACUAAGAAAAAUCCUUAUCAGAAUACUGUAGGCGAUCUACUGAAGUUCAUUCGGAAUAUGGGAGAGCACAUCAAUGAGAACAAAAACAAGGAUAUGAAGGAAAGAAUCGGAGACCCUUCUCGUUAUUUUCAGGAGACAUUUCCAGAUCUUGCCAUUUAUGUCUACAAGAAACUAAAGGACACAGAAUACAGAAAACAUUUUCCUCUGACUCAGUCAAGCCUCAGUGUUCCCCAGGCAGCAGGACCAGUGGACCUACAGAGCUGAGUCUUACAACAUCAAUUAACCGAUUUUUAAUGUGCAUAGUUCCUGGGAAGCUGACUGUCUCUGAUCUGUUAAGCAAUCUGGCUGCUUGUCAGGCCUGAGUUAGGAAGCUAGUGUGUCCGUUUCUGACACAGUAAGUUCCACGCAAUCACAAAAGCUAUGUACCACAAAACUACGCCACUCCAUUCUAGUGGACAGACUUGGGAGAGACUUCUGUUAAGAUUUCAUUUUUAAAAAAGUGUAUGUGUUUGUGUGUGUGAGAGAGAGGGGGGUGGGGCACACAUGUGGAAGGUCUGAGUACAGCUUUGCGGAGUUGGUACUGUCCUUCUACCAUUAAUUGCGGUUUGGGGAUUAAUUUGAAACUGUGAGGCUUUUGUGGUAAGCACAGCUAUCCACUUGAGUCAUGUGAUCAGCAUGAUUCCUAGUGUAUUAAUUGCACCAAAGGAAUGAGUGUCAAGACCCAUGUGGCUGUAUGUUUUAUAUUUAUCUCAUUUAAUUUUCCAAUGAUCUUCCAAAACAAUUUAUUAUCUCCAUUUAAGAACUGAGGAUUGGAGCAUCAUACAACCUGUCAGAUAAAGAAAGUCAUAUAAACUGUCAUACAACAGUGCUCAAAAAGACAUGUUAUUGUCACAUCACACAAGGGGGCGUUAGAAACAAUCAACAUCCCUUCUGGGUGAAACUCUAAAGGAACAUGCCAACACAUGCAAAGGGCUCCAGGAGGCUUGGUUAGUCAUUCAGAAUUUGGUACCUAGCUAAAUAAAUUCCAUUCUUUCUGGAAGCACCUAUGGAUGUUUCUCAUGAUCUGAAGGUCAUAGUUCUCACUUGGAGUCUUUUGGCAGUGGCAUAGCUGGGGGCAUUGGCACUGCUGGCACUAAGUAAGGAUGAACCAGGGAUGCCCUCCAGCAUUCUGUGAUGCAUGAAGUAGCUCCUCCUCACAAUACCACACUGUGCAGACUAAAUAUCAGUGGUGCUGAGGUUGAGAAAGGCCAUCUGAAGGGACUGGGGCACGUUAUAGCUGGCCCUGGGUCUAGGGCUGUGAAGAACAUGGAACACCUCCCAGAAGAAUGACUUGGGUGUGUUUUCUAGAUGCUGGAUCUGAACUGGAGCGGCUCCUUCUGGUGUCCAUUUGGGAGUCCUCAUCUUCCCUCCCUUCCCUGCUCCAUGGUGCAGUGCUCUAUUUAUGGUGCUGUCCCCAGCUCCCUGACACAUUGUCACCUCAGUGUAUGCAUAGUAAAAAUGUUUCUUCCAUUAUGUAAUGUUUGACGAGUCUUCACUGAAUAAUCACUGAACCAUUCUCGUCAAUGAUGAGGAUAAAUUGCAUGGACUUUAGAAUUUAUACACUACACCUACAUAUUUUUAAGUCUAAUUUUGUUUUGAAACAAGUACUGUAAAGUAAGCACUGUGAUCUCUGUUUUGAUAAUGAGGAAACUAAGGGUAGAAAUAUCUUUCUGUACUCUGUCUGGGAAUGUAGCAUGAGAUGUCACUGCCUUUA